GCCAAAUGACUCGUGAAUUAAAUCCAUCCAUCUCCGCAUAAAAUUGGAAGUACCUAAUUCAUAAUUAAUUACCCACAACAAGAUCGAUCGAGCUGAAGAUUUUUUGAUCGAUCGGCUUUCUCUUUUUCUCAGCUCCAUAUAUGAAAAAAAUGCAGAGAGAUCUUCCAAAGUUCUUCAAAGUGUUGGCGGCGCCAAGCUUCCGCACACAGCUCAGUCUUCCCCCAAUAAUAUCAGAGAAGCUUGAUAUGGUGGUGAAAGAAGGGACAAAAGCAGUCAAGCUGAUCAGCAGGAGAGGAAUGUCCGAAGUGGACAUCCAGAAAUCUAAAAAUGGCCGUGGGUUCUCAUUCACGUGUACCGGAUGGGAAGGGUUUGUGGAUGAGCACGACCUGCAACUGGGUGAUUUUCUGGUUUUCGAAGACAUGGGGAACCUCAUCUUUAAGGUCACCUUGUUCGAUCCCACUUGCUGCGAGAAAGGUUUCCCCGUCCAGCAAGAAACCAGCAAUGAAGACGAUCAUCAUAUGACAACAACAGUUGAGUUAGAUCCUGCGACAGAUAAUGGCUGUGCUGGUAAUAAUGGUCCUAAUGAUGUGAAAGUGGAGGCUAAUAAGGGAGAAGAUGAAAAUGCGGCUCAGAGACAAAACCUGAACCCAAACUACCUGAAGAGAAAACUGAAAGUCUGCAAUGGAGUGAAACAUGAGAAACUUGACGACCAGAAUAAGAACCGCAGGUUGAUUCAAUCUACUGGCCGUUUUGACCCUUCAAAGAAACGUCAAUUCUCGUUAACAAUGAAGCGCUACAACAUCCUUGAUAACACUCCUUACCUGUAUUUGCCCUCUGCAUUUUGCAAAGCAAAUGGGCUUGUUCCUCAGAAAGCAAAAGUGACUCUGAAAGGUCCGAGUGGUGAGGAACACCAAGGUAGCCUCAUCGUGUAUGAUAGAAAGAAAGACGGUUGCAUUCAUACUCGAGCUUGGAGCGGAUUUGUUGCAAGCAACAAUCUGAAAGUUGGUGACACUUGUGUCUUCAAACUUUGUGACACCGCAGGGAGCGGUUCAGACUGGGUUCUGUUUGAUGUUGACGUUCAACCUGCAGCCUCUUAAUUUGUGUUUACAUAUCAUUGGAUUGGUUGCACAUAAAAAUAUUCUCGAUCU